AGCCGGCGCCAUUUUGGUGGCCGGGCACUGAGGUGAUUCCAUACUGAAGAGAGCGCGGAGGCCGGGUGGCAGUGGCAGUGUUCGUGUGCUCGAGUGUGAAUCGCCGAGGGAGGAGGCGGUGGAGGAAGAGGUGGCGGCGGUGGCGGUGGUCGUAGCGGUGGCGGAGGAGGCGGGUACGAAUCAGCUGCGGGCGGAGACAUGGCCAACAUCGCGGUGCAGCGAAUCAAGCGGGAGUUCAAGGAGGUGCUGAAGAGCGAGGAGACGAGCAAAAAUCAAAUUAAAGUAGAUCUUGUAGAUGAGAAUUUUACAGAAUUAAGAGGAGAAAUAGCAGGACCUCCAGACACACCAUAUGAAGGAGGAAGAUACCAACUAGAGAUAAAAAUACCAGAAACAUAUCCAUUUAAUCCCCCUAAGGUCCGGUUUAUCACUAAAAUAUGGCAUCCUAAUAUUAGUUCCGUCACAGGGGCUAUUUGUUUGGAUAUCCUGAAAGAUCAAUGGGCAGCAGCAAUGACUCUCCGCACGGUAUUAUUGUCGUUGCAAGCACUGUUGGCAGCUGCAGAACCAGAUGACCCUCAGGAUGCAGUAGUAGCAAAUCAGUACAAACAAAAUCCUGAAAUGUUCAAACAGACAGCUCGACUCUGGGCACAUGUGUAUGCUGGAGCACCAGUUUCUAGUCCAGAAUACACCAAAAAAAUAGAAAAUCUAUGUGCUAUGGGCUUUGAUAGGAAUGCGGUAAUAGUGGCCUUGUCUUCAAAAUCAUGGGAUGUAGAGACUGCAACAGAAUUGCUUCUGAGUAACUGAGGCAUAGUGAGAGAGCUGCUGAUAUAGUCAAGCUUGCCCUUCUUGAGGAGCAUCAACACCUGUUAUUUUUAGGAUUCUGCAUAGAUUUCUUUUAAACUGGCAUUCUUGCCUAAUGUUGUUAUCUAGGCACCAUUGGAGACUGAAAAAAAAAUCCCUGCUCUGUAAAUAAAGCUAAUUAAACGUCUGUAAAUUUAAAAA